AGUUCUUAACGGCCCAACAGCAUGUAGCCGAAGAGUUGAUUUCAUCCAAACAACUCGUGUUUUAACUUAAGCUAUUUUAACUCUUUCUUUACCAUUUCACACUUUUUUUAUACGCUGAGAGAGAAGCCACUGCUCACCGAAGAUGGGAGUCCCGGCGUUUUUCCGUUGGCUUAGCCGAAAAUAUCCUUCAAUCGUUGUGCAUUGUGUUGAGGAGAAGGGGAAAGAAUGUAAUGGCGUCUGCAUUCCUGUUGAUACGACGAAGCCUAACCCCAACGAGGUAGAAUUUGACAAUUUGUACUUGGACAUGAAUGGGAUCAUUCACCCCUGCACACAUCCAGAGGACAAAGCUGCUCCAAAAAAUGAAGACGAGAUGAUGGUCGCCAUUUUUGAGUACAUCGACCGCCUGUUCAAUAUCGUGCGGCCCAGGAGAGUUCUCUACAUGGCCAUCGAUGGAGUGGCUCCACGUGCCAAGAUGAACCAGCAGCGCUCUCGGCGUUUCCGAGCCUCCAAAGAAGGAGCAGAGCUGGUGGACGAGAAGACUCGCAUCCGAGAGGAGGUCAUCGGGAAAGGAGGUUAUCUUCCACCUGACGAGAUUAAAGAGAGAUUUGACAGCAACUGCAUCACUCCAGGAACAGAGUUCAUGGAUAACUUGGCUCAGUGUCUCAGAUAUUACGUGGCAGAGAGAAUCAGCAAUGAUCCGGGCUGGAAGAACGUCACGGUGAUUCUGUCUGAUGCCAGUGUUCCCGGUGAAGGUGAACAUAAGAUCAUGGACUACAUCCGGAGACAGAGAGCUCAACCCAACCACGACCCAAACACACACCACUGCCUGUGUGGAGCUGACGCUGAUCUGAUCAUGCUGGGCCUGGCCACCCACGAGCCGAACUUCACCAUCAUUAGAGAGGAGUUCAAACCCAACAAACCGAGACCCUGCGCCCUCUGCAACCAGGUCGGACACGAACUCAAAGACUGCCAGGGCCUGGCUCGAGAGAAGCAGGGAGAGCACGAUGAAUUUGCCGGCUCGAUGCCGGGGUCUGAGCAGGAGUUCAUAUUCAUCAGACUCUGUGUGCUGCGAGAGUAUUUGGCUCGGGAGCUGACGAUGGCCAGUCUGCCGUUUCCCUUCGACUUCGAGAGGAGCAUAGACGACUGGGUCUUCAUGUGUUUCUUCGUGGGAAACGACUUCCUGCCUCACCUGCCGUCCUUAGAGAUCAGAGAGGGAGCGAUCGAUCGGCUCGUCACCAUCUACAAAGACGUUGUGCACAAAACUGGAGGAUACGUUACACACAACGGCUAUGUGGAUCUGGAGCGAGUGGAGUUGAUCAUGCAGGCGGUCGGCGUCGCAGAGGACAAUAUCUUCAAGAAACGCAAAGAGGACGACGAAGGCUUCAAGAGAAGAAUGAAAGAGAAGAAGAAGAGGAUGAAGAAUGAGCGGGGUCCGUCCCACAUGACCUCGGGUCAGUUUGCUCCUCAGGCUCUGGGGAGGAGAGACAAACCCGACGCCGUUAACAACGCCCGGCACCAGGCCUCCGACAUGAGGAUGCAAUCCAACAAGGAUGCCGCUCAGUCCCUUAAGGCCUCGAUGAAGAACGGUGGCAAUUCUGCAGGGCCAAGCGGCAGCACAGACGGCCGCGGGGUCAAGAGGAAAGCUAACGACAGUGACAGCGAGCCGGAGCCCGAAGAUGACGUCAGGUUGUGGGAGGACGGCUGGAGGCAGAGGUACUACAAGACGAAGUUUGACGUGGAGGAGACGGACGACGACUUCAGGCAGAAGGUGGUGCGGUCGUACGUGGAGGGACUCUGCUGGGUGCUGAGAUACUACUACCAGGGCUGCGCCUCCUGGAAGUGGUACUUCCCGUUCCACUACGCUCCCUUCGCCUCCGACUUCAAAGACAUCAAAGGGAUGUUCGACGACUUCGAGAAGGACACUAAACCGUUUAAGCCCCUGGAGCAGCUGAUGGGAGUCUUUCCUGCAGCCAGCGGUAACUUCCUGCCCCCGACAUGGAGGAGUUUGAUGAGCAGCCCGGAUUCUGCCAUCAUCGACUUCUACCCCGACGACUUUGCCAUCGAUCUGAACGGCAAGAAAUACGCCUGGCAGGGAGUGGCCUUGUUGCCGUUUGUCGAUGAACGCAGACUGUGGGCGGCUCUGGCGGACGUUUACCCCGACCUCACUACUGAGGAACAGAGGAGGAACAGUCUUGGCAGCGAUCUGAUGUUUGUCGGGAAAUCUCACCCGCUGUUCGACUUCAUUCACGAACUCUACCGCACAGAAUCUAACGAGGACACUGAGAUCCCUGCAGAGCUGUGCCAUGGGAUCCAGGGUUUAUUAAACCUUGACGACAAACCUAUUCUACCAGAUCAGCCAGUGACGUCCCCCAUCCCAACGCUGCGAGACAUCGCACACAACAGCGCCAUCGGAGUGAAGUUCAGGGAUCCUGCCUUCGAGAAAGACUUUGUGUUCAAGGCGGUCCUCCUCUCCGGAGCAAAGAUGCCCAAUGCGGUGCUGAAGCCCGGGGACUGGGAGAGAGGGAACAGACAACCAUGGAGACCCCAAACGGGCUUCAACCAGCACCGACAGCCGGCCCACCUGGACCAGUCCGGAUUCAGAGCUCUGGGACUCCCGGCAGAACAGCUUAUUGGGAACGCCUCCGUCCUACCAGCAGCCCCAGUACCCUCGGCAGCAGCAGCAGCAGCAGCAGUAUGGUAGCGGCAGUGGGGGUCACGGCUGGAAUCGAGCCACGCAGGCUCAGGGCUCGGCGUACCAGCAGAACCAGCAGAACCAGCAGAACCAGAGCCGCGGGGGGGCGGCUCCGCAGCAGCCGGGAGGAUACCAGCAGGGGUUCGAUGACCGGAGAGACAGCCGGGGACAACACCACCAGGGCUACGGCUCCAGAGGGUUCCCGGCCCCGCCUCCCUCCAGGAGAUACGACUGGAACAACUGAGCUCAAACUCGAGUCUUUUGGGACUUUGCGUCUGUUUUUUAGGGGAGAAAUGUCAGAAUUGUCUUAAUUGUACAAUUUAAUUUGUUGUGUUUUUUUUUCCUUUUUAUCCACACAAAAAAAAAAAACGUGUAAUAUGAAAAUGUGAUUUUUUUAGACCUUGUGAAAAUACAAGUGUGUCCCGGACAGAGUCCCGCUGUGUUUAUUCUUUAGGCAGAUCUCUCCCGGAGAUUCAUGUGUUUAAAACGUAAGAUAAGCAUGUGAAAUAAAAGAAUAACACUCAUGUGGGGUAUAUGUGUCCAGCAGGAAUGAUCUCACCCAUAAGGGCCUGGUUUCCCCUUAAAAUCACCCUUAAAUGUUAACUUUUGACUGAAAUACAGACUUUAAAUUCUAAAUAUGA